CCAUGGGAGACAGAAACCUGCUUGGCGUCACCUCAAUGUCCCCGUGUCCUCGGGGGUCUUUGUCCGCACAGGGGUUAUAAAGGCUGCAGUGGCACCAAAGGCUGUGCAGCCAUGUCCUUGCCCCUGUGCCUGUGCCUGUGGGUGGCCCUGGUGGCCCUGGUGAAGGGGUGGGACACAGAAGUCUCCACCACGUUGAUCUCUGUGGACAACGGGGGGCCGUGGGGGGAGUGGGGGGACAUCGAGUUCUGCCCCAGAGGUACCUAUGCCACCGGCUUCCAGCUCAAGGUUGAGGCCCCCAGGGGUUUCUUCGGGGACGACACCGGCCUCAAUGGGGUCCGGCUGAUCUGCAACAAUGGCACAGAGAUGGUCACCUCCAGCGAGGGGCCCCGCGGCACCUGGUCCGACCUUGUGAGCUGCAGCCGCCGCCAUCGCCUGGUGUCCUUCCGCCUGCGGGUGGAGCCCCCCCGGGGGCUUUGGGACGACACGGCCGCCAACAACCUGGAUGCCACCUGCUCUGACGGGGUGGUGCUGGAGGGGGAGGGGGGGCCCGCGGGGGCCUGGGGGGACUGGAGCCUCCCCUGCCCCUCCACCUGGGGCGUCUGCGGGCUGCGGACACGCCUGGAGUGCCCCCAACACGGGGGGGACAGCACCGGCCUCAACAGCAUCCAGCUCAUCUGCUGCCCCUGAGACCCCUCCCCCCCCCCAUCUGUGUGUCUCGGGGACCCCCCGUGUCCCCCCAGUGUCCCCUCUUGGCUCCCCUUGGCCCCCCACAUCCCCCCUUGGCCCCCCAUCUCCCCCUAUGCCUCCUCUUGACCCCCCUUUGACCUCUGUGUCCUCCCAUGUCCCCCCCAGCCCCUGUGGCCCCCAAUGUCCCCCCAUGGCCCCUCUUGACCCCCCA